CUAAAAACUAACAAAUCAAAAUGACUCCGCCAGCUGCGCCAGUCUCUUUCUGAAACGGUGUCGUCUUUCUGGUUUCUUUCCACCACAGUUCCCUACGCUUUCGCCGUCGAAUAGCCAUUAUCACUGUGUCGGUUUCUGUUUCAUCUUAUCGACUUGAGGUUGUUGAUUGUUACGAUACUAGCUAUUACGAUAUACCUAUUGCAAGUCUCUGUCUCUGUCUCAAGUCUCGCUUCCUUUUUGGGGUGUUUCUCUUGAUCGAUCUCUUUUAAUAAGCGGUCGGUAGUCUAAUCGGGAAGGGCAACCCACCAGUCAGGCUGCAGGAAACACCUGGAUGCAUUAUUUGAGGCACAACUUACGGUAUCGAUCAACCAAGAAUUCAAGCACAACUGGGUAUCAAUCUCCAAUCUCGUCCUCGAUACAAUACCACCAACGAAAACGUAGGGGUGUGGUUGCUUUCACGACCUUGAAUACCCAUUAUCUAUUAUCUUAGCGAGUGCUACCCAGUGCUACCAUUAAUAUACCAAGGACCUGAUCGAGCUCAAGACAGAGUAUGAUGCCCCCGGGGUCGCCACCCACGAACAACGGCAUUGCUUCAUCCAAGGACCUAUUCGACCGUCCAUCGUCUGAUACCAGUACUUCUCUCAAGAACUCUCUUAACCUGGCGUUUCUGCCGGGGCCAGAAGGGGCUGCUUCCUCUCCUUCCACAAGCACAAGUACUAACUCUAGUACUGCGACUACCAGUACGACCAGCAAGGGCCUUCCUAAACUACCUCCUCUGGCCUCUUCUCCCAUGACCACUACGACAAAUUCUGCUACCGCCGCCUUAGCAGCCGCUACUUCCAUUGCCAUUGCCAAUCCCAUUGCCAGGGCUUCUCAUCAUUCGGUUCAAAGCCAAAGUAGCAUCACCACCAAUCACAAACUGGGCCCCAAUAGCGUCAGGGGCGGCGACAGAGGCCUCGCCAUUGCCAUGCCUCCAGGCUAUGGAGACAGUAGUAGUCUCAUGGCGGAUGACAGUACCUAUUGCUACAAUGACGACGACGACUGUGAAAUCGAUGAAUCCGGUCGCGAUGAAGAAGAAACAUUGGGCAAAAUCAUGACCAUGCAAUCCAUUGAUAGACUAGAGUCGCACUUGCCGCGCAUCGUCGUCGAACAAUUGAUUGCCGAUAUGAAACAGAGAAGAGAACAAGUCAAGUUGGACAAAAAGUCGUCACCAUUGGCAAGGGGAGCCAUGACACUCGAGGUUCCCAUGCCUGUCCUAGUACCACCAGAAUCGUCGGCAGCCGUGCCGGCAUCCGCCUCCCUCUUGCCAAAAGCCAAGCCUCGAAACAGUGUGAGUGCGGGCAGUCAUUCGCCAACCCCAUCCGCCAAGGGGGGCAUGUCCGAUCUCUUGAAUACACUGACAUCACUAGAUGAACUUCUGGAAGAGGAAUUCUCCUCUUCGGAUGAUGGAUCCUCGGAGGAAGAUUCAGGCGCAUCCUCAGACGAAGACGGAUCUUCCUCGGAAGAGGAUGACAGCGGCUCGGAAGAGGAGUCAUCGUCGGAAGAAGACUCUGACGAAGAAGAGGAAUCCGAGGUCGAAAACUCCGGUGUCACCUUCUUUGCCGAUGACGGAGUCUCGGAUAUUGACAAUGACGAUGGGGUAUCGGAUAUUGACGAUGAUACAGAGCACGACUUUCGCGAUGUAGCGGAAUACGACGACGAUUUGACUUGUGCCAGUGACAUGAGAGCCGAACGAAGCGUGGCCAGUGGAGAUUCCGAAAGCUUGCGGAGUGGUGGUGGUUACAGUAGAUAUCUUGGCAGCACUUGCAGCAGUGGUGGUGAUGGGAGACGAUCCUUGCGCUCGGCUUCCAAACACAUGGGUUCCUCGGCGGCAAACCCGGAAUUUGAAGUUGGAAAACUACGACAAGGUCGACUCAACAACCGCCGGUUGGAAUCUGAUACGGUGGCAGAUGACCGAUCCAUGAGUGUUGACUUGACCACGCUAUCCACAAAGUCAGAAGGGAAUCAGAGUCUCGCCACCGAAGUGCAAGCAUCACACCAUAUCAGUGCCAUUCUUUUCCUUGAUAUUUCGGGCUUUACCAAGCUCUCUCGAUCGCUCGAGGUCGAAGCUCUCUCAGAGAUCAUCAACAGCUACUUUGAAACGAUUGUCAGUGAAAUCAAAGCAUACGGAGGUGACAUUCUCAAAUUUGCCGGAGAUGCCCUCAUUGUCGAAUGGACCAAAGAAAUGUUGCCACAGGGACAGCAACAUUUACCCGUCACUCUCCUUGCGGCGCUCUGUGCAUCCAAACUCGUCGACAAGUGCUCCGAUUACCCCGUCACGCGCUUUGGGGAACAUAUUUGCACUCUGAACUUGCACUGCGCCUUGGGAUACGGUGCAGUCGUCGGUGCUCACUGUGGAGACAUGGAUCGCAUGGAGUACAUCAUUCUGGGAGAUUCUAUUCAACAAAUUGCGAAUGGGAUGGAUCUGUCCCAACUGGGGGAGGUCGUCGCAUCGCCGGAGGCCAUGAGAGCGUUGCUGGAGGGGGACCACGUAGAAUUCACAGAGGCAUACACAGACGGACAGCCACACACUCUCGCGUUCAAGCACGAUCAAAAGUUUCAUGUCACAUCAACCAUGACGCUCCCCGCUAUUAAGCCUCGCACAUCCGCGUCUUCUCUUUGUCAAAAUUGGUCCGCGCAAGAACUGGAGGACCUCCAGCGGAGAAUGUCACGAUACGUUCACUCUGUCGUGUACUCAGAUGAGUUUUCCAAAGAAGAGAACAUGUCAGCCUCUGGCCACAAGACAAUCAGCAUGGCCAGGACCAAGACUGUCAAGAGUGGUCAAAGUCAAUCCGAACUGAGGGAUGUUUUCACGGUUUUUAUUCAACCCAAGCUGACAGGAAGCCUAAACGGAGAAUCGGCGGGGGAUGUCGAAACUCUGCAGCUGCUAAACUCUAUUCUGUUCAUCGUGAACAGUGAGGUCACCCACUACAAAGCACACUUGCGGCAGUUCAUUGUGGAUGACAAGGGAUUGGUAGUUAUCGCCAACUUUGGCUUGCGAGGGAGCACCUUCCCGAACAUGAUUGAAGAGAGAGCCAUCCCUUGCAUUUCAAAUAUCAAGACACUGCUCAAGACAGAGCUGGAUAUGGAGUGCAAGAUGGGAGCUACGUACGGGAAAGCCUACUGUGGGGUUGUUGGUGGGGUGACUCGGCACGAGUACGCAAUUUUGGGUCCUUCUGUCAACUUGGCAGCCAGACUGAUGGCAAGCAAGUCGAAUCCGGGAAUCCUAGUGGACGAAGCCGUCAAGAACAAGGCUGGUGAGCGUCCAUUCAAAUCAUUACCCCCCGUCAAGGCCAAAGGCUACGACGAUUUGGUGAAGAUCUACAACCCCAACGAAAACGUGCGGAAGGCUUGGAAGAACGUCUCGGCGGAGUUUGUAGGGCGACAACAGGAAGUUGAAAGCCUGAUGAUCACUGCAAAGUCUGUCAUGGAGGAGUCGUAUGCAUCCAAGACAGUAUUCAUCUCAGGGCCCUACGGUAUCGGGAAAUCGUACCUGAUAUCACACAUUGCCGAGGAAAUCGAACACUAUAUCAAGGCCCAAAAGGCGCCGCAUCAUAUGUCACGACUUGUUUUCUGCGAAGAUGAUUCUUUCAGGCCGUUCAGCAUUGUUCGACCCCUCUUCUUGGGAUUGCUGCGGCGGAAACAGCACGUCCCUUCUUUUGGGGCUGCUGAAACCGCCGGGCACUCUGAAAGCCUUGUUCAAAAGGCUGAGGUAGAGGAAGCUCAGCUUUACGUAUCCCUGCUUCAGAUCUGCCUCGAAGCCAAAAUACCAAUGCAAUACAUCGAAAUGUUCGGUGGUCUUAUAUUCUCAACAAAGCUAUCUGAUAUCGGAACGUGGUCAGAUCGAAGCCGCAAGAUGUCCGAAUGGAACGCCAUUGCAAAGCAUUUGGUGACUGCUGUCCUGCACUGUACGUCGGACUAUCGAUUGGUACUUCUGGCGCUUGAUGACGUUUCUGGGAUGGAUGAAAUGUCAUGGAAGAUUCUGCAACGAUUGUAUGAACGAGCAAACAACCUGUUGGUGAUCACGACAGCCCGAAAUGAGUUUGACUUGAACAUCAAUGCGGAAUUCUGGGCUGAUUUGAACGAGGAGGGGAUUGACAGCGGCAGGUUUCGUCAUAUGCGAAUGUCCCCCAUGGGUGUGGAUGACAUUGGCCAGCUGGCACGCAAGAGACUUUGCUCGAACAUGGCUGACAUGGAUACGACGCUUAGCAAGACCGUCACAAGCCAAUCUCGGGGGAACCCGCUGCUGGCGUGCGAGAUAUUGGACGUGAUGUACAGAGAUGAUGGUUGUUCGGAUCCAGACCAGGCCGUGUCGGGGGCAGCUCUAAGCAAGAUCGAAGAGUUGCUUCUCAACCGCCUCGACGAGCUAGCACCCUUGGACCGAUCACAUUUGAAUUUGGGGUCAAUUUUAGGGUUUUCGUUUGCUGAGAAGGAUGUCGUUUUGGUGAUGGAAAAGUACAACGACGUUCGGGAAGAAGACAAGAAGAGGCAUGCUAAAAAUGUCCACACAAGUCUGCAAGAGUCGGUGACUUGCGGCAUUUUGAAGUGUACUGACGAUGGCUACAACGUCAAAUACACUUUCUCCCACGCUCUGUGGAUGAAGACGAUUGUGUUGCAUAUUCUUGACGCCUGGAAAGAUGAAAUGCGGGCCUUGAUUGAUGUCGCAACCGAGGAUGGCGAUAUCUGUAUCAGAUAUGAUUGGGAUGAGUUGGCUCAGAUCAAGGCUGACCUCUGCUCUAUGCGAGCACAAAACACGUCAAUACUGCAGUCGAUAAGCGAGCUCCGGGCACUCAUCAAUCGUGCUCGAUGAGGGAGCUCGUCACUGUGAGUAUGGACUCAUGAUGGUAUCAAAUGUAUAAUACGCCACUGCAAAGCUUUGAGUCCACGCAUGUUCUAGUAAAAACACUGUCAUUAUAGUUAUUUUUCAUUACUGCUC